GGUUUGUCAUUUUCGGUUGAAUUUCUUUCUGUUUUCAUUUGAGUCUUGUUUCAAUCGCAUGAUUCCACCUUCGAGUAACUUAUACUCCAUAGAUAGUCCUGAAAUUAGUAUCUACUGUUGGGUGAGUGUGUGCGUCUGUGUGUGGUGUUUCGUGAAGAGUCUUGGAUAAACUCAGCGUACUCUAUUUCUGUUAGUAUAAGUAGGCUAAUUGAAUUUUAGAACUAUACUUUAGGUGGUCUUAGUUCAAGUACAUUGCAGACAAACUUGAAGAACGUUUUUCAAAAUCGACCAUGACAUGAAUUCGUUCCAUGAUGCUUCUUCUUCACCAUCAUUCUUCAUACUGUUUCUCUCAAUUUCUAUCUGUUUCAGGAUAUACUUGCUCAUCAGAUUUUAUAGAGGUCUGUCAGUUUGUUGUGUGCUAAAUCUGUUAGCUUUAUGUUGUUAAUAUCAUCAGUGCUACUAAAUGUUUUGCAGAUAGACUACGCCUUUAAGCUGUUAAGAAAUCUCGUAUAUAGAGAAGGGACUGUGACACCUGGCAAUGAUGAAACAGCACAUGUUAUAGAGGAGCUUGAAAACGAAAAUGUUGUGGAAGAUUUUGCAAAUAUAACUUCGCCUGCUGGGAAGUCGUUUCUUAUGGUCAGUUGACUAAACGAGCUCUUUACCAUCUCCAAUUCCAUUUCCUGAAUUUGGGUAUAUGAUUUCUUUUGGAUCCAACUUGUUAUUACAUAUAAUAUUUCGUAGAGGUUUCAACGUGAAGUUUGAUGCCAUUUUACGUUGUAAGACUAUGCAUUUCAUUUCCAAACCAAGGCUGAUAUAGGUAUAAUAAGCCUCUGAGUAGAUUGUUUACAGUUGCGUAUACAUGGUUGGCUCUUCUUUGAUAUGUAAGCAUAGAGUCACUUAAGUUUGUAGAGAUAUCAAGCAUCAUGCUUUUGAUACCUCUCUGGCAAAAUAUCCAAGCAAUCUGGCAUGAAUAUUCAUAUGUUGAAGAUGCGAAAGGUUUUUAUUUUUCAUUUAAUAAGAUGCUUAAUGUUGGCAUGCAUAUAAAACAUAUUGCUCCGCAUCAAAUAUAUUUAAUUACAACCAGGUUUCUCCAUUAUCCAAUUUAAUAUUCUUUAAUGAUUUUUAAAAGAGGCUCUUCAGAUUGUCCAAGUCCAUCAUCUACUAGUCUUCCAUCAGGAUCCUGCCAAAAAUCUGAAGUUUCAGAGCGGUGUAGUUCAGAGAGGGAGAGAGUGUGGGAUCUACACAUUCUGUGAGUAACAAAAAGACAGUCUUCACCGAUUAUAGUUAUAAGUUAGACCGUGUCUGGAUUCAAGUGCCAUCUGGAGGUCUCUCCCCUGUGAGUGAAAUCUAGAGACAGGAGGCAACAAGUGAAAUGUUUCAGGAUGGGUCAAGAUCCUCAGGAAGUGGCAGAGGACUGUCGACAACGGCUGUAUCAAAUGGUGGAUGGAGAACCCGUGGGUUUUUGCGCGGUUGGCAGAUCCAGAAUACCUUAUUUAACAACAUCAAGUUCAUGAUUCUCUGCUGCUUCGUGACCAUUCUCAUCCUACUUGGCACAAUCCGUGUUGGGAACCUUGGAAGCUCCAACGCCGACUCUGUUAAUCAGAGUUUCAUCAAGGAAACCAUUCCGAUUCUCGCGGAGAUCCCCUCUGAUUCGCAUUCGACGGACUUGGCUGAGCCUCCUAAAGCUGAUGUUAGUCCCAAUGCAACGUAUACUCUAGAGCCAAGAAUCGCGGAGAUCCCAUCUGAUGUGCAUUCAACGGACUUGGUUGAGCUGCCUAAAGCUGAUAUUAGUCCCAAUGCAACGUAUACUCUAGGCCCCAGAAUCGCGGAGAUCCCAUCUGAUUCGCAUUUGACAGACUUGCUUGAGCCGCCUAAAGCUGAUAUUAGUCCCAAUGCGACAUAUACUCUAGGGCCCAAAAUCACCAACUGGGAUAGUCAACGCAAGGUAUGGCUGAAUCAGAACCCUGAGUUUCCUAAUAUUGUCAAUGGCAAAGCUCGAAUAUUGCUUCUCACAGGGUCUUCCCCCGGACCCUGUGAUAAACCAAUUGGAAACUAUUAUCUAUUGAAAGCUGUGAAGAACAAGAUUGAUUACUGUAGACUCCACGGGAUAGAGAUUGUGUAUAACAUGGCGAAUUUGGAUGAGGAACUCUCAGGGUAUUGGACGAAAUUACCUAUGAUUAGGACAUUAAUGCUGUCUCAUCCAGAAGUAGAAUGGAUUUGGUGGAUGGAUAGUGAUGCUUUGUUCACUGAUAUACUGUUUGAGAUCCCGUUGCCUCGGUACGAAAAUCAUAAUCUGGUGAUACACGGUUAUCCAGACUUGCUGUUCAACCAAAAAUCAUGGGUUGCAUUGAACACGGGUAUCUUUCUGUUGAGAAAUUGUCAGUGGUCAUUGGAUUUAUUAGAUGCUUGGGCCCCAAUGGGACCAAAAGGGAAGAUCCGUGACGAAACUGGGAAGAUACUGACAGCUUAUCUGAAAGGCAGGCCAGCAUUUGAGGCCGAUGAUCAAUCGGCGUUGAUAUAUCUCUUGCUUUCGCAGAAGGAAAAAUGGAUAGAGAAGGUUUAUGUGGAGAAUCAAUACUACUUGCACGGGUUUUGGGAAGGUUUGGUUGACAGGUAUGAAGAGAUGAUAGAGAAGUAUCAUCCAGGAUUGGGCGAUGAGAGAUGGCCCUUUGUGACACAUUUUGUAGGGUGCAAACCGUGUGGCAGCUAUGCUGAUUACGCAGUCGAUAGAUGCUUCAAGAGCAUGGAGAGGGCUUUUAAUUUUGCAGAUAAUCAAGUGCUGAAGCUGUAUGGGUUUAGCCACAGGGGACUGUUGAGUCCCAAGAUUAAAAGGAUCAGAAAUGAGACAGUCUCUCCUCUGGAGUCAGUAGACAAGUUUGAUAUUCGAAGAAUGCACAUGGAAACCAAACCAUAGAGCUAGGAAAAUCAAUGAGUGAACGGAAUCACAGUUUGGCAAGAUUACAGGAAACAUAUAGAUGAUAUACAAAUACUCUCACAAACACAAUGCAAUUUGUUUACCCUGCACUUGUUCCUUGUGCUUCAUUGUUUGGUCUCAUGAAGAUAAGUUUUAACUGUCAAAUUCUUAUUCCAUAGAUGUUUCUUGUCAUUGUUGGUCAAUAUAUGGAGAAAUUUGAUACUGCAA